AUGAAGAAGCAGCUGAUGCUGCAGGACGAGAGGAACAGGAGCCAUAGCGAUCUGGUGGCGAUGAGAUCGCUGAGUGGUUGUUAUUACUUGGAGCGGCUGUUGCUGCAAAACUGGAGGGAUUAUUUCCGUGAGCGAUUGUCGUCGCAGGAGUCCGUGAACCGUUAUUGUUGGGAGCGGCUGUCGCCGCGGAGUUUGGAUGAUUUCUGGAAUGUUUUUGGUGAGCAGCUGAUGUUGUAUGCGGUGUCGACCGACGUGCUGGCACUGUUUCUGAAAUAA